UGUAGUAGCACAGUGAAAGCGGGUAGAGUAGGCUAUCACUGCACGGACUACAUAGCUACACUUUUCUGUCAUUCAUAACUUUCUGGAAAUGAAAUUUAUAAGUUAAACUUGAAGACUAAAUCCAGCCCAAAAUGACGGUGGACUUUGAAGAAUGUGUGAAAGAUUCACCCCGGUUCAGGGCAAACAUUGAUGAAGUGGAGACGGAGGUGGUAGAGAUUGAAGCUAAACUAGAUAAGCUGGUGAAGCUAUGCAGUGGGAUGAUCGAAGCAGGGAAGGCGUAUGUCAGCGCCAACAAACUCUUUGUGAACGGGAUCCGGGACCUGUCCCAACAAUGCAAGAAGGAUGAGAUGAUCUCGGAGUGCCUGGAAAAGUGUGGGGAGAGCCUCCAGGAAAUAGUCAACUACCACAUGAUUCUGUUCGAUCAAGCCCAGAGAUCUGUGAAGCAGCAGCUGCACAACUUUGUGAAAGAGGAUGUCCGUAAAUUCAAGGAGACCAAGAAGCACUUUGACCGCAUGCGUGAGGACAUGGAGAUAGCCCAGGUGAAGAACGCCCAGGCUCCCAGGAACAAACCCCAUGAGGUGGAAGAGGCCACCGGAACACUCAGUAUCACCAGGAAGUGCUUCAGACACCUGGCCCUCGACUACGUACUUCAGAUCAACGUCCUUCAAGCAAAGAAGAAGUUUGAGAUCCUAGAUGCUAUGCUGUCCUUCAUGCACGCCCAGUACUCCCUCUUUCAGCAGGGCUACAAUCUGCUGGAUGAGAUUGACCCCUACAUGAAGAAGCUGGCUGCUGAGUUGGAUCAGUUGGUGAUUGAUUCGGCCAUGGAGAAGAGGGAUAUGGAACACAAGCACGCCAUUAUACAGCAGAGGACCCUCAUGCAGGACUUCUCGUAUGACGACUCGAAAGCAGAGUUGUUCAACGUAGACGCGCCCAAUGGCGUGGUGAUGGAGGGGUACCUGUUUAAGAGGGCCAGCAACGCCUUUAAGACGUGGAACAGGCGGUGGUUCUCCAUCCAGAACAGUCAGCUGGUCUAUCAGAAGAAGCUGAAGGAUUCCCUGACGGUGGUGGUGGAGGACCUCAGGCUGUGCUCUGUCAAGCCUUGUGAGGACAUUGAGAGGAGGUUCUGCUUCGAGGUUGUCUCCCCCAACAAGAGCUGUAUGCUGCAGGCGGAGUCAGAGAAGCUUCGGCUAGCCUGGAUCCAAGCAGUGCAGGCCAGCAUUGCCUCAGCAUACAGGGAGAGCCCAGACUACCACUACAUUGAGUGUCUGGACAGGACAGCCUCACCUUCCGUCAGCAGUAUCGACUCGGCCAGCGAGCCUCGGGAACGCAGUGUCAGAGGGGAGACCAUCCUGCACCGUAUACAGUGUCUCUCGGGCAACGAGUAUUGCUGUGAUUGUGGCCAGGCCGACCCACGCUGGGCCUCCAUCAACCUGGGCAUCCUACUCUGCAUCGAGUGCUCCGGCAUCCACAGGAGUUUGGGGGUUCACUGCUCCAAGGUGCGCUCUCUAACGUUGGACUCAUGGGAACCUGAGUUACUAAAGCUGAUGUGCGAGCUGGGAAACAGUGUCAUCAACCACAUCUAUGAAGGAGCAUGUGAGGCGCAGGGCCUGAAGAAACCAGGGCCCUCAAGUUCCAGGCAGGAGAAGGAGGCAUGGAUCAAAUCAAAGUAUGUGGAGAAGAAGUUCCUGAAGAAGUUGGGGGCCACAGAGGUGCUUGUGAACGGCGGGCGGAAGUCGGAGCGCCGGUGGAGUGUGAAGAAGUGGCGGAGACACAACAGCGCCACCACAGUGCCCAAGACCCGACGGAAAUACCGUCAGGAGCCGGGCAGCGCCUCCCCUGCCACCCUCUCCUCAGUCGCUUCAGCUCUAGAGAGAAAGUUCCGACGAGAGUCACUGUUUUGUCCAGACGAGCUGGACAAUCUCUUCUCUUACUUCGACACAGGAUCUGGGCCUCGUAGCCCUGCAGGUCUGAGCAGUGACAGUGGCCUGGGCGGCAGUACAGACGGCAGCACAGACAUCCUGGUGUUCGGCUCAGUGGUGGACAGUGUCACAGAGGAGGAGUGUGAGGUGUCGGAGGACUCUAGCGGAGAGGCUGAGAUGGAGCCUGAGCCUGAGACCCAGUCGGACCCAGAGGAUGGGCGUGAGCUCCACCCUGGGGCGCUGCUCUACAAGGCUUCCAUGGCACGCAACCUGCCCAUCAUGGCUGAGGCGCUGGCCCACGGGGCUGACGUCAACUCCGUCAACGACGAGGAUGAUGGCAAGAGCCCACUCAUACAGGCAGUGAUUGGGGGCUCUUUGAUAGCCUGUGAGUUCCUGCUCCAGAAUGCAGCUGACGUCAACCAAAGUGACGCAAGGGGGAGGGGGCCACUACACCACGCCACAUAUCUGGGACACACAGGGCAGGUGUGUUUGUUCCUGAAGAGAGGAGCCACGCAGAACGACGGGGACGAGGAUGGCCAGGACCCUCUGAGUAUCGCUGUGCAGGCAGCCAACGCAGACAUCGUCACCUUGUUGCGUCUGGCCAGGAUGAACGAGGAGAUGCGGGAGUCGGAGGGACCGUUCGGCCAGCCAGGUCAAUACCCAACCAGCAGCCCCACUGAACAGCAGUAUAAGAAAUGCAUACAAGAGUUUAUCUGUCUCCACAUAGCUGAGUGCUAGAAGUCAGUCACAAUACCUAGUCCUGGUCCAAUUAAUCAAGCUUUCCCAUCAGGUGAUGGUUGGAGGGGAAGCCAAUAGUAUACCAGGACUGUGGCAGGCCUGUCUGGAAUCUUGUACAGGAAGGGACGUUGUCCAAAACACACCUUUCUUUAUCAGAUUCCCCACAGGCUGCUGUCUGUGUUCUACUAGACAACGUAGCAGCUAACUAACAUUGUUCAAACGAGGCCGCACCAGAAUUUGCCAACUACUAUUCCCUCAGGUUCAUCAACGGUAUAGGAUGUCAGUAUUCUUAACUCUAUCAUGAUGUCAAACUGUACUGUUGACUUAAUGGCUAAAUUUGCUCAGAGUUAGAUCAUUUGUCAACAAAUGGUUAGGGACCAACUUUUUUUAAUCGACUUCAUAAGUUCAUUUAAAUCAUCGUUACUAUACCAUCUGUACCCUACUUAAUUAAUUCAGCUGCUCUUUAUUCAUUUGGAGAGGGGAGAGGUGUUUGCUUGUGGUCUUCAAGGUAGAGUGGUGUGCUCCAAACCAAAGACCAAAUUAGGCCAAUAUGUUGCACAUAACUAUCAUCAAGCUACCUGCUCAUGUAAAAAUACCAGAUCGGCAUAUGGUAGUCUUGUCAAGGGUAUACUAUAAAAACAGACCUUAUUCAAUACCUUCAUUUUAAGGCCUGUAAGUCGUUGUCUUUAUAUCUAGUCAGUUAUUACAAACUUAUGAAUUCUGCUCCGGCUGUGUUGUGGCAUGAGGUGGUUCUUUAGUACACACACAUUGUUUUGAAAAGGGGUGAUUAGAAGGGAUAACAAUGAACUGUGAUUGAGACUAGAUGAUAGAUGAUAUGUCAUUAAUGUGUACUUGUCUUGAUUGAGACACUUUAAAGUAAAGCUUUUACAUGGAAUCUAAAGCGACAUUAUGCACUUUUCCUACCAACAAUGAUUUAAUUUCUUUUUGGCAUUUUCAUUUAGUAGUGUAGGUUUUUACCUUCAUUUAUGAACUGCCCAUAGCAAUAGUGCAAUGAUAAUUUAAAUACAGAUAAUGGUAUUUUUUUAAACUGGAUAUAUUUUGUUAGAUUUUAUUUUCCUGAGCACUCACACACAAGGUCACUUAACCUUUACUGUCAUUUCUUCAUGUCUCUUUUUGGAAAAGACAACCACAACUCACCAUCUUAUAAUAGAAACCUUACACACUGCGAUGAGACUGACCUUUUUAAUAUAAUAUUAAAACUGACAUGUAUUUGUAUAUGUUUGUAUCAUGGCUAUACAGUAUUAGAUUAGUUGUGGGUUUCUUGGUUGAAUAGUGCGUGGGUUGCUGUUGCCCAGGUCUUUCAAAACCCUGUUGGUUUUCUUUACUUCAUUCAUCUGUGUAUGUUAAUAUUUGAUAUAUUGUUCAAAGAAAAUCAUAACUGUGUAAUGUGCUGCCAAAUCAUGAGAACUGUACAAAAUAAGACAUUGUAGAGGUUAGAUCUGUAGUCUAUGGUCAAACUGAACCAGAUAUAUUGAUAGGAUACCCCAUAACAUACAGGCAUAGUUGCCCAUUGAAUUUGACAGGCCAUUUAGAACAGGAGAGAAAGCUUGGUCUAUGCAAAACAUGCUAGCUCCCCUGAAUACCAACAGAAUACCCCCUGCUAUGUAAGCAAGGCCUGUGUACACACUUCACCUGAUGUGUGUACACAGUCAGAGGGUGACCACAGUCCUCCAUGUUUACCUUGAUACUGUGCAGUUGCUUACUGACCUAACCACAUGUAUACAUCAUGUUCCAGAGCUGAAAUAAUCUUGAUCAGGAAAUUACAUUAGUUGUCCUUGCUGUAGGCUAGUAACAACUGAGGUUUUGGCAUUGCGUUUGGGUUGCUUGAGUUUACUUCAAGCCAAAGACCACAUUACUUUCUUCAAGUCAUUUAUGAGCAGAAAAUAAGUAAGCAGUAAAAAAUAUGAAACUUUCGAAUAUGUCUAUUAAAAUGACUGUUAUACUAUCAAUUUCAUUCUAGUUUUGGCUUCUACUGUGCAGUACAUCAUGAUGAAAAGAGUAGAAGUAGAUUAUAUUAGACUCAAUGAAAGAUCUGGGGACCAAUGUUUUGACCAAACAAUGCCAAUGAUUUGCAUCAAACCACUAAAGGUUUACAUAUUGUACAAUACAGUGUAUCGGAGUCAGUGGAUUGACUAAACCAUAGGUUGUCUAGGUGACUGCUAUGCUGUAAAUAGGCAAAACAAGUAUUACUACUUAAAACUGCUUGCUUGAAACAUGCAACUUUUAACUUUCCUGUAUUUUUGUUUUUGUUUCUGACUAAUUACCUCUGUACAUGUUCUUUGUAUAUUGUUAGAGAACACGCGUCUCUGAAUAUCUUUGUGUAACUUACACCACUGCUACCUUUUUAUGUUCAUUUCCUUUUCCUAAUGUCUUCUAAAAUUAGGAAAUACUGAAAAUAAAUGGAAGAUGUGACUCA